AUGUUGCGACCCUCGCCAUUCCUCUACACACCGCCUACGGCUGACGCGGGCUCGUUGGCAAUAUUGCAUCUGAAGCGCGAUAGCCUGCUUCCCGUAAUGCUUCAAUCCUCGGCCGAUGAUGGCUACGCGGAAGGAGCAGUGACCAACACCAGGUUUGGCAGUUUCCCUCACUCUACACUCAUAGGUUCGCAAUGGGGGAGCCAGGUGAGAGCGAGCAAAGUUGACACGGGCACGAGGGGUCGGAAGGGCAAGAAGGCGUCGGCGGAGGAGGAGAGUGCUGCCGCUGCUGCUGCUGCUGCUGCGGUGACCGAAGACACAACGGGAAGGAAGAGGAAAGAUGCGCAGUUGGCAGUAAAGGCUCCGAUCGACGCCGGCUCGGGAUUUUUACACCUCCUGCAGCCCACGCCGGAAUCGUGGACGUCGUCGCUGGACCAUCGAACGCAAGUCGUCUACACACCCGACUACAGCUACAUCUUGCAGCGACUCCGCGUUCGGCCCGGAAGCACGCUCAUCGAAGCCGGAGCGGGAAGUGGCAGCUUCACUCAUGCCGCUGCUCGCGCCGUCUUCUCUGGCUACCCUUCCACGCGCUCUCAGAAGACGGGCAGAGUGUGCAGCUACGAGUUCCACGAGCCGAGAGUGCAGACGCUCCGAGCCGAGAUUACGGAUCAUGGCUUAGACGGCAUCGUGCACUUGACGCAUCGCGACGUCUGCAACGACGCCUUUCUCCUCGCUGAUGGCUCCUCUCCGAGCGCGAACGCCAUAUUCCUCGAUCUGCCCGCACCUUGGAUGGCGCUCAGACACCUCACUCGCGCAGGUCCCAACUCGCCUCUCGACCCUGACACUCCAACUCAAUUAUGCACCUUCUCGCCAUGUAUCGAACAAGUCAUCGCCACGGUCUCGCAUCUGCGCAAAGCUGCUUGGGCUGAUAUCAGUAUGGUCGAGGUCCAGCACAAACGCAUCGAUGUUCGCCGAGAAAGAGUAGGUCUGAAGGAAGAAGGGUUGAGAGGCGUCAACGCAGCGGCUGCGCAUGUGAAUGAAAGCGUCGAGAGGUUAAGGGAGGUCGAAAACAAACUGGCACACUUCCACGCUUUGCAUCAUACUGACAGCCAGACCAGGAAAGAGCACAGCCAGAACAGCAGCGAGGGUAGGCAGAAGAAGGCCGAUGAGAGGAAGCUGUACAAGGAAGGAAGAUUGGUGCAUAGAAGUGAGCCGGAAAUGAAGACGCAUACGAGCUAUCUGGUCUUCGCAGUACUUCCGAGGGAAUGGUCGGAAGAAGACGAGCAGAGAGCGCUUGAGAGUUAUCCGAUCGACGAUAUCAUGAAAGGUGCUGGGAGUCCGAAGGCUGUGAAGACGUGA